AAAGAUCUGGAUGUUGGAUGAGCAACGUGCUGUUCGGUUACGAGUGAAACACAAGCUCUGCGUGGUUGAAGUAUAUAAAUAACAACUCUAUGCAAUUGGCAUAAAAACCUUAAAAUCCCUCACUUUCAACUGACAAAGAAGAAAAGCCUCGGAUUUCGAUCUCUCAUAGGAUUUCAAGAAGAAUCUGACAGUAAUGGCCAAGGAAUCUUCAAAUGGAGACAGCCAUGGAGCUGUAAAACCACCACCAAGCCCAUCACCCUUAAGAAAUUCCAAAUUUUUUCAGUCCAAUAUGAGAAUUUUGGUCACUGGAGGAGCUGGAUUCAUUGGUUCUCACCUCGUGGACAGGUUGAUGCAAAAUGAAAAGAAUGAGGUGAUUGUUGCGGAUAACUACUUCACUGGCUCGAAGGACAACCUAAAGAAAUGGAUUGGCCAUCCAAGAUUUGAGCUUAUUCGUCAUGAUGUCACUGAGCCAUUGCUAGUAGAGGUUGAUCAAAUAUAUCAUCUUGCUUGCCCUGCUUCUCCAAUCUUCUACAAAUACAAUCCUGUGAAGACAAUUAAAACAAAUGUGAUCGGUACAUUGAAUAUGCUGGGACUUGCAAAGCGAGUAGGAGCAAGGAUUUUGCUUACAUCAACUUCAGAGGUGUAUGGAGAUCCUCUUGUGCAUCCCCAGGAGGAGAGCUAUUGGGGAAAUGUUAACCCAAUUGGAGUUCGGAGUUGUUAUGAUGAGGGAAAGCGAGUAGCUGAAACUUUGAUGUUUGAUUAUCAUAGGCAGCAUGGGAUUGAGAUUCGGAUUGCUAGAAUCUUUAACACCUAUGGACCCCGCAUGAAUAUCGAUGAUGGGCGUGUUGUCAGUAAUUUCAUAGCCCAGGCAAUCCGUGGUGAGCCAUUGACUGUUCAAGCACCUGGAACCCAAACAAGGAGUUUCUGUUAUGUCUCUGACAUGGUUGAUGGCCUCAUUCGACUUAUGGAAGGAGACAACACCGGGCCCAUCAAUAUAGGGAACCCAGGUGAAUUUACAAUGCUCGAACUUGCAGAGACUGUUAAGGAGCUGAUCAAUCCUUCUGUGGAGAUCGCAAUGGUGGAGAACACACCAGAUGAUCCUCGCCAGAGAAAGCCAAAUAUCACAAAAGCAAACGAGCUGCUAGGAUGGGAACCAAAGGUCAAGCUGCGUGAUGGCCUUCCCCUCAUGGAGGAGGAUUUCAGGACUAGGCUUGCAGUCCCCGCAAAGAAGUAAAACUCGAUUUAUAGCAUAAAGCUGCUAAAGCUAUAAGAGUGCAGGCGCAUUUAUUUGCCGGUCAUAUGAGCAGGAUUGUUUGAGAAAAAUGCUUGACAUUCGGCUUUUUUCCCUUGCAUCCAUCCCCUAUCUUUCUCUAUUCUUAUACAUAUAAUGCACAAUUAAAAUGGUAUUUGCCUCUUAUUUCGUAAUGUAGUUUCUUGAAGAACCUCAAUUUGGGCUUUUGGACGGUAUUUUACUUCAUAUUAAGGAAGAAGAAGCUUUCUUUUGCUUCUUUGGUUUUUGGUUAA